AUGUCGAAUAAGAUUGUGCCUGCCAUCUAUCGUGCGGUGAUAGACGAUGUUAUCCUCAACAUUAAGAACGAGUUCGAAGAGUUCGGCGUUUCAGAGGACGUUCUGGCUGAACUGCAGCAUAAAUGGGAGAAAAAGGUUAUAGAAUCGCAUGUCGCCGAGUUUGAGAGCGCCCCGCCGCCACCCACUCAGCAGUAUGCGCCCGCUACGCAUCAUGUACACAUGAUUCAGCAAGCCCACCCCCACUACAGCGCGCACAAUCCAUACGCGCCCAUGCCCGCUCAAAACGGCCAAGCGCCCCAGGUCAAGGCCGAGCCAGUAGACAGCCGGUAUAUUUUGGGAGGGCCUCAAGGAGUAGCCUCUCAUUACGCGCUUCCUCCUCUCCCAGGACCCACCCUUAAUGGAGCUCGGCCGGCUGCUGUGCACCCCGGAGGACAUCAAAGCGUGCUCUCUUUCCCGCCAGGUCCGCCACCGGGUCAACAGCAACCUCAAGCUCCUGCUCAGCCAUCGGCGACUGCUGCUCCUCGAGCUUACAAUGCUCCUGCUCCGCCAGCCAAUCCGGCCCAACCUGCGGCUGUUCCUCGAAUACCACAAACGGAUGGUCCUUCUGAUUCAUCUGACGACUCACCCUCACCUCCUCAAUCAUAUGCUCCACGUUCUUCUCACCCUUCAUUGCCCCAGCCGUCCACCUCUCAGAACUCAGUAGUCGAUUCCGAGGCUAUCAAUAGUGAUUUGGAUGACUCAGAUACAGAAGGGGAGGAUGACGCCGAUGAAGGCACCGCUGGCGAUACCGAUAUCGUGUUUUGCACAUACGAUAAGGUGGCUCGUGUCAAGAAUAAGUGGAAGUGCAUCUUAAAGGACGGCAUGAUUCACAUCAAUGGGAAAGAUUACCUAUUUGCUCGUUGCACUGGUGAAUUCGAGUGGUAA